AUGGGAAAAUUGAUUUCAUGGCUGGAGAGGCUUGGGCCGUCUCCCGAAAAUAGAUGGUUGGCCCUCUCUUGGGGAGGCAUCAUGGCAGUGAGCCUUCCAACCUUGUUUGGCGGAGCCGCAUGGGUAGCGGCCAAUGGCCUGGGUGAGUUGGGUCCGGUUCCCUACCUACUGGGAGUGACGGUGCUCCUGAAUUCCACGUUCGCGGUCAAGGGGCUGGCGCAGGCAGCCAAGGGCGUUCAAGACGCUAUGGACGAAGACAGCAUAGGCGAGGCGAGGGACGGACUGCGGAGCCUGGUAAGCCGAGACGCCGAGGCGCUUGACCAAUCGCUGGCGUCGGCGGCGGCAAUAGAGUCGGUGGCUGAAAACACCACUGACAGCUACAUUGGUCCUUGGUUGGCCUUUGCGAUAUUGGGCGUUCCGGGGGCGUUCGCCUACCGGGCGAUCAACACGUUGGACAGCAUGAUUGGUUACCGGGGUAAGUACGAAUAUUUGGGCAAGGCAUCGGCUCGGCUGGAUGACUUGAUGAAUUUGAUCCCAGCGCGUCUCAGCGCUGGAAUGAUAGUGCUUGCCGGUGGUAUGUGCCGUUUGUCGCCUGUACAGGGAAUGCGCCAUCUGUGGAUCGGGAGGCGGCUAACCGCGAGCCCAAACGCAGGAUGGACCAUCGGGGCCAUGUCCGGCCUGCUUGGCGUUGCGCUGGAGAAGUCUGGCCACUACCGCAUCGGUGAUGGUCUGGCAGAUCCUUCACCACGGCACAUUGGCAUGUCGGUUCGCGUUGCGCUGGUCGUCGCCGGCGUGGGCUUAGUGGCGGUUGUGGGAGUUCUAGCCGCCCGCGGGUUGGCUACGGGUUGA